UGCGGCAACGACAGAUGGGACAAUGGAGGAAGUGCCCCCGUCAUGUCUCCGGCAGUUCCGCCUCUGUCCCCGCACGACCUACUGGUGCUGCUGUCGGAGUCUGGUGACGAGAGCCAGACCCCACCUACCCGGUGUCUAUGAGGCUGGGGGACGAGCAGGGGCAUUUUAAUAUAAUCCACCUCGCUCUCACGGUCUCACCUACUUAAGUCCUAACACAAACAGGACAGAAACUGAAGGCGGAACGCUUUUUCCUUGUCACCGGCGUGUCCUGCGUUCCACUGUCCCCCAGAGCUCGAUUGCUUCCUCCUUCCGGUGUUCGGCAGCGCAGGUGCUGAGAGCCGGUGUUCGUGGCCGGCUGUGCAGGGAGAAAACUAUUCUACAGUAUCAACUUGUUGGUGGUUUGGCAAAGUACAAUGGUAUCUAAGCAAGCAUUCCUGUUCAGUCUUGGUUCCCUCUACCUAUCCCUCUUGUUUGUAUUUCUCCUUAUGGAUGUUUAUGCCAGACCCGCAAACAAUUCUGCCUUGAAGGAAAAGCCCUUGGACAAUAGAGAGGAGAAUGAGAUUAUGCCACCAGACCACCUUAAUGGAGUAAAGAUGGAAAUGGAUGGUCACCUUAACAAGGAGUUCCAUCAAGAGGUUUUCCUGGGUAAGGAGAUGGAAGAAUUUGAUGAAGAUUCAGAGCCCCGUAAGAAUAGGAGGAAGCUGACUGCUAUCUUUUCAAAGGUGGAUGGGAACAAGGAUAAAAAAGUCAGCGCGCAAGAAAUGCAGCGCUGGAUCAUGGAGAAGACUGAAGAGCAUUUCCAGGAGGCCGUUAAGGAGAAUAAAGUUCACUUCCGAGCUGUGGAUCCGGAUGGUGAUGGACACGUGUCCUGGGAUGAGUACAAGAUCAAGUUCCUGGCCAGCAAAGGCUUCAACGAAAAGGAGGUUGCUGAAAAGGUUAAAAACAACGAGGAGCUGAAGAUUGAUGAAGAGACACAGGAAGUUCUGGAUAACCUCAAAGACCGCUGGUUCCAAGCAGACAACCCACCUGCUGACCAGCUUCUGAAUGAAGAGGAAUUCCUGUCUUUCCUGCACCCAGAGCACAGCCGCGGGAUGCUCAAAUUCAUGGUGAAAGAGAUCAUACGUGAUCUAGACCAAGAUGGAGACAAAAAGCUGACUCUGUCUGAGUUCAUUUCUCUUCCCAUGGGCACCGUUGAGAACAAGCAGGCCCAGGAAAUUGAUGAUGAAUGGGUCCGAGAAAGGAAAAAAGAAUUUGAAGAAGUUAUUGAUUCCAACCAUGACGGAAUUGUCACAAUGGUGGAGCUGGAGGAGUACAUGGAUCCUAUGAAUGAUUACAAUGCCCUGAAUGAAGCUAAACAGAUGAUCGCGGUAGCAGAUGAAAACCAAGACCAUCACUUGGGUUUAGAUGAGAUCCUAAAAUACAGCGAGUAUUUCACAGGAAGCAAACUGAUGGACUACGCUCGUAAUGUUCACGAGGAAUUCUGAGUGUCCUGUGUUUUUUUUCCUUUCAUCUAGACAAACCUUCUCAUCCCUUAACUGGGGAAGUUUUGUGGUCAUGGCUAAAGGACUUGUAGUUUAAUGCGAGGAUUUACACCAGUCUUGCUGCUACUAUGCCUGUGUAUUCUUAGUGUUUAGUAAAGCGUAAGGCAUAGAACACCUCCUUCCCAUACAGACACACACACACACACACACACACACACACACACACACACACACACACACACACACACACACACACACACACACACACACACACACACACACACACACACACACACACACACACAACACCUUCAUGGCAGAAUUUGCACAUAUGUUAUGGGUUUUAUUUGCUUAGGUGGUAACUCAUCCGAACAGUCUAAAUCUGCACCAACUGGUGAUAAGGAAAAAAAAAAAAAAAGAUUUGGAUAUAUAGCUUAUUAUGAGUUGUCUAUAUAAAAUACAUUAAACCAUACAUGUGUUUCUUUAGAGAAAA